UGUUGUGGGUACGAAACCUUCUAAGAGAGCUGAAAAUUUUAAGGCAAGGAAGCUUGAAAGUGUGGUGUGAUAAUAUGUCUGCCAUAAACAUAGCAAACAACCCUGUCCAGCAUGAGCGCACCAAACAUGUGGAGAUAGACAGAUUUUUCAUUAAAGAAAAGAUUGAUGCAGGGAUUAUCUCAUUGGCUUAUGUGAGAUCAAGACAACAAGUGGCAGACUGUUUAACAAAAGGACUAGGAUCAAAGGAGUGUAAUCUUGCCUGUGACAAGAUGGGGAUGAUUGACAUUUAUCACCCAUCUUGAGGGGGAGUGUUGGAGUAUCUGUUGGGCUAUCUUCUUGUUCUCUGUUGUGGCCCAUCUGGCCCACCCAUCUGGCCCAGCCCAGUCCGUGACCUAUAUAAGUUGCUUCUAUCUCUGUAACCCUAAGCUGAGAGAGUUCCUUCCUGCAGCCUCCUUCUACCUCAGGUUAGGCCCUCACCUCUGUCCACACAAAUGGAGGACUCUCUCUUCCCAAAUACCAAUUUUGAUUCUCUCCUCUCAAAGUUCAACCAUGAGUGGGAAACACCGCUCGCUAUCGCCGUUGCACUUGGUCAUGUUUUCUUGGCUUCUGAUUUACUCGAACGCUGCCAUUGCAUGAGAUUGAGGCAGGCAAUCUUGCAACAGGACAAAGAUGGAUUUAAUGCACUUCACCAUGCCAUUCGCAACCGCCAUGAGGAUCUUGCAUUGAAGCUGAUAGAAAAAGAGCCGUUGCUAUCACAAGCACUAUCCAACUAUGGUGAGUCACCCAUGUUUGUUGCCGUGAUGAGACAUUUUACUAAGGUUUCCAGUAAACUACUGGACGUUCAUGAUUCUUUUGAUAGGGGAAAGUAUGGCCGCAAUGCUCUACAUGCUGCAGCUAGAAAUGGGAAUUCAGUUAUUGCUAAAAAAAUUAUGGAAAAACGUUAUUGGCUGGCUGGGCAAGCCGACAUGGCUGGGAAUACUCCGAUAAUGUUAGCUGUAACUUAUGGCAAGAUUGAUGUGCUGGGAGUAUUGCUGUAACAUAAUUUUUUCGGUAUAAUUUCCGUCAAUUGUUGAUCUUCAGAAAUACUGUAUCCUGACGGUGCUUUUUCCAGCAGAAUCCUGACUCCGGUGAGUGAUUCUCCAAUAAUCAUGAAACAUGCAAAAUAGGUGAAAUAACAUAAGUAUCAUCUCUAAAUAUGAAAUAUAUCAAUGAAUAACAGUAAAUUAUGAUACAAAAUAGUGAUGCAAAAUGGACGUAUCAGCCGUACACGCGCAGCGGCUUCGGCGAACGGACAUGGCGCGCGGCGGCUUAAAUGCGGACGCGAGAGGUGGGGGAUUGCUCGCCGGAGCAGGAUGGAGGAGGCGGCGGCGCACGGC